CAUCUUGUAACGCUAUACUCAUCCAUCCAAUUAAUUUGUUAAUAAUCUAUAUAUAUAUAUAUUCUCUUUCAUGCAUUUUCUAACACUAUAUAUACCCCUUUAUCUCAUUUCAUUUUUAUCCAAAACCAAAACCCAAACUCAUUACUACUAUAGCAGUACUUUCCACUAUUCCAUUACUCCAUCUAAAAAAUCUGGCUAGCUAUUAUGGCCAAAACCACCAAUAUUAACGACCUCAAAUAUGGUCACACACUUGUCGUUUUACUAUUUUGUGUGUCGUUUUGUAUUAGUAGCAUAAUAGUAGUGGAAGCACGGCAACCAUUUGCUUGUGACCCCAAAAAGGGUAUCACAAAGAGUCUAAGAUUCUGUGAAACGAGACUACCAAUACACGUAAGAGCUAGAGACUUGAUCGGACGGCUGACAUUGGCUGAGAAGAUCAGACUGUUGGUUAACAACGCAAUUUCUGUGCCUAGGCUUGGGAUUGAAGGCUACGAAUGGUGGUCGGAGGCUCUUCAUGGGGUCUCCAACACUGGUCCUGGGGUUAAGUUUGGUGGGGCCUUCCCUGGUUCCACUAGUUUCCCUCAAGUCAUCACCACCGCUGCUUCUUUCAAUCAAUCCUUGUGGCAACAAAUCGGACGGGUAGUGUCAGAUGAAGCAAGAGCAAUGUACAAUGGAGGACAAGCCGGUUUGACAUAUUGGAGUCCAAAUGUGAAUAUUUUUCGGGACCCUAGGUGGGGCCGAGGCCAAGAAACUCCCGGUGAAGACCCCGUCUUGGCUGCAAAGUACGCCGUUAAUUAUGUUAAGGGACUCCAAGGUGCCGGGUCAGGAAAUAGGCUCAAGGUUGCUGCUUGUUGCAAGCACUACACAGCCUAUGAUCUUGAUAAUUGGAUUGGUGUAGAUCGGUACCAUUUCAAUGCUAGGGUGAGCAAGCAAGACUUGGAAGAUACCUAUGAUGUACCAUUCAAAGCUUGUGUAGUGGAAGGAGAUGUUGCUAGUGUAAUGUGCUCUUACAAUCAAGUCAAUGGAGUACCCACUUGUGCUGACCCUAAUCUACUAAAGGGCACAAUCAGAGGUCAAUGGCAUCUCAAUGGAUAUAUUGUCUCAGAUUGUGAUUCUGUUGGUGUUCUAUAUGAUUCUCAACAUUAUACUAAGACACCAGAAGAAGCAGCAGCUGUCACUAUCAAAUCAGGUUUGGAUUUGGAUUGUGGGCCGUUCCUAGCAGUUCACACCCAGGGAGCUAUAAGUAAAGGCUUAUUGAGUGAAAAUGAUGUUAACAAUGCUCUUAUUAACACAGUCACAGUCCAAAUGAGAUUGGGCAUGUUUGAUGGUGAGCCAUCAGCCCAACCAUUUGGAAACUUGGGCCCAAAAGAUGUUUGCAGUCCAGCCCAUCAACAAUUGGCUCUUGAAGCAGCCCACCAAGGCAUUGUUCUUCUUCAAAACCUUGGCAAAAGCUUGCCACUCUCAACUCGACUUCACAAAACUGUAGCUGUCAUUGGGCCCAAUUCUGAUGUUACUCAAACCAUGAUAGGAAACUAUGCUGGUGUUCCUUGUGGUUAUGUGACACCGCUACAAGGAAUAGGAAGGUAUGCCAAGACUGUUCACCAAAAUGGGUGCACAAGCGUUGCUUGUGGCGACAACCAACACUUUGGUUAUGCAGAAGUUGCAGCUCGACAUGCUGAUGCCACCGUCUUGGUAAUGGGCCUUGACCAAUCAAUUGAGGCCGAGUCCUUGGAUCGAACUGGGCUUCUCUUACCAGGCCACCAACAAGAGCUCAUAUUAAGAGUAGCUAAGGCCUCUAGAGGCCCAACUAUUUUGGUCUUAAUGUCUGGUGGCCCAAUCGAUAUUUCAUUUGUCAAGAAUGAGCCUCGUAUUAGUGCGAUUCUUUGGGCUGGAUACCCUGGCCAAGCUGGUGGUGCUGCCAUUGCUGAUAUUAUAUUUGGUUCCAAGAGUCCAGGAGGAAAACUUCCAAUGACAUGGUAUCCACAAAGCUACCUAUCUAAAGUGCCAAUGACAAACAUGGACCUAAGAGCAAACCCAGCAAGAGGGUACCCGGGGAGAACAUACCGUUUCUACAAAGGCCCAGUUAUUUUCCCUUUCGGGUUUGGGCUUAGCUACACAUCAUUUUCUCACAAACUAGUGGAAGGCCCAACACAAGUCUCUGUGCCAUUAUUGACCAGUUUCCGUUCUUCUUCUACAAACUCAACAAUGUUAAGUAAAGGUAUUAGAGUAACACAUACAGAGUGCAAUUCCCUCUUUUUAGGAGUACACAUCGAUGUCGAAAAUAAUGGGCCUGUGGAUGGAACCAACACAUUGCUUGUGUACUCAAGCCCACCAAAAGGUAAAUGGGCUGGAGAGAAGCAAUUAGUGGGCUUUCAUAAGGUCCAUUUAGUAGCUGGGUCAAGACAACGAGUCAAGAUUGAUGUUCAUGCUUGUAAACACCUAAGUGUUGUGGAUGAAUUUGGGAUCCGAAGGAUUCCAAUGGGCCAACAUACACUUCAUAUUGGUGAUGAUCUCAAGCACUCUAUAUCAUUUCAAGCUGAUUUAGGUGAAAUUAAGUCUUAGAAAAUUCAAACUGUCAAUACACAUUGAUGAGUGAAAAAUAAAUCUUACAUAUAUUACAUAUUCUAGUUUUUUUU